AUGAGAAGAGGGAUUUUCUAUCGCAUCUUAAAUGAUGUUGUUUCAUAUGAGCCAUACUUUACCCAGAAGGUAGACGCUUGUGGACGACAAAGUAUAUCCCCAGAGCAGAAGCUAACAGUAGUUUUUCAAAUGCUCGCAUAUGGAUGCUCGGCAGACUCCACUGACGAGUACUAUAGAUUGGGUGAAUCUACAGCCCUUGAAUGUUUGCGAAAGUUUUGUUCUGUUAUUGAAGCAGUGUAUGGUCAGUGGUACCUCCGUUCCCCAAAUCUGACCGACCUUUAUAGGCUCUUGCACAAGGCUACUCACAGAGGAUUCCCAAGCAUGUUAGGCAAUCUUGACUGCAUGCAUUGGGAAUUGAAGAAUUGCCCCACUGCUUGGGCAUGCCACUACAAGCAUAAGCCAACUGUCGUUCUAGAGGCAAUGGCCUUGUCUGACACUUGGAUAUGGCAUGCCUUUUUUGGAGUUGCCAGAUCGAACAACGAUAUCAACGUUAUAGCUCGUUCACCAUUGCUCAAUGAUGUAGUGAAUGGAGUGUCUCCCCAUAUCCAAUAUGUUGUCAAUGGAAAUGAAUAUAAUCUAGAUUAUUACUUGGCUGAUGGUAUCUACCCUCGUUGA